AUGUUGCGCCUCAUUUCCAAGACGAAUCGAUCAUUACUGUGGAGAUCUAGGCGCUCCCCAAACAUACAGCGCCAAUGUCUUCGAUGUAUCCACCAAAAUGCCCCCCUACGUUCGGCCAAACCUCCCACGCCAGCCUCAGUCACGGAGGCUACAGGUGAUGAUACUUCUGCUGGACAGAACACCCCGGCAUCGGAUACAUUAACUAAGGCGAAAUCCAAGAGAACGACCGCCCGAAAGAAACCACGGGCCCCGAAAAUAAAGGAUCCCCAAGCCACAUCUUCGCAAAAGGACGAAGGUGAUCCGGACCCAGUGAAGUUAGUGACAAAACCCGCCCGCAAAGCCAAAUCCAAGAAGGAUGCGUCGGGCUCCUCUAAGUCUCAACGUACUGUAAAGAAAGCAAAGAACUCGGCGCCCGACCCCGGAAACGUCUCGACAAAGCCAGACGAUGCAAUAGCCGACUUACCAGUCGCAGAUGUUCUCCGUACAAGGUAUGGUAGAGGCAGGCGGAGGAAUCCAUUAGGAGAUACUAGAAGGGUCCAUGUUGUGGGUGAAGGACUUUGCGAUGACAUAUUAGAACGCAUGAGACCGUCGCUUGCGAAACACGCUGGCUGCGAUAUCUUAGACAUAAAUCCCGGUGCUGGAGUUUUUUCGUCUAAAUUACACGACUUUCUAAAACCGCGAACGCACAUUCUUAUGGAACCAGACUAUAAGCUCUAUGAGCCUUUCCUUCAACCUUUACUUGAUGACAAAGCCUCAAAAUACGUGCUAUACGAAAAGUCUGGAAUAGUAUGGUCUCAUCUGGAAAAGGUGCUAUCGAAAGAGCAUCUUCCUUUCCAAGAGCCCCUCACAAAGGAUGACCCGCGUUUAGAUAAACCAAAUGACACACUACUGGUUGUUGCAAACUUGUCCUAUCACCCCAAAAAGUCCUUUCGAGGAUUUUCCUCUCUCACCAUGCUCGUCCUCCAUCAGUUAAUGGCAGCUGUGCGAGCUCAUUCGCUCUUCCAAAAAUACGGCCUGGUGCGAAUGCUGAUCUGGGUCACGGACGAAGAAAGACUUAUCUCCCUUCCAAGGCAUGCCGCUAUCCGGAAGAAAGCUGCUAUAGAAGCCGAAAUCUCAUGUGGGAAGAUCUUUGAAAUUGCAUCUUCUACCCGCCAAACGGGAUAUUUCUGUCGGGGCGAUGAUAUAGAGGCGGAACAGGCCCGUCUCGCCAUGAAACGGAUGGAGGAGUCUGGUAUCACGACGCCAUCUAACCGGCUAAGCGUCCCACAAGAAUAUCUGUUGAAACAGGCACACGAGGAAGGAGAAUUAGCUGGAUCGCUGAAUAGCAACAAAAAGGGGCGGAGGUAUUGGAAGGAGCUAGAAGACCUCGAGAAGCAAUUUGCUACGGGCCAGCUUUCGAAAUUUUCCGAUGGUCUCAACACGACCAAUACCGACCGUUCUACAUCUUCUCGGGAGUUGACACCUGAAUUCCUUCGCCUGCGGGGCUUGCGCUAUAGGAGGGUGGUAGAUGGAAGGAGAACCGACAUUGUCGCAUCGUUGGUCGCGAAACACGCCGAGAUCAUUGACUUGCAAUGCCAAAUCCACCGGGGCGAAAGUUCAGACGUCGAACUUCUGCGCAAAGAGCUCGAACAGCUUACGAAACAGCUCAAGGAUACUCUCGCGGCUAUCCCCGGAGACCAGACUAGGCAGUUGGCUCUUAGCUCGAUAGAUAAUCAGCGCUUCGUUAUGCAAGACCCCCCGGCGCUUCUCUAUGACCGAAGGGAGUUUGAGCCACUGAGAGUUUACCCAGGGGAAUUCUUUCCUCGUCACGAAUUGGCCUUACUUGAUUUCCAGCCUCAAGGCAUCUGGCCUGUCCUGCGUGAGAAUUACCCUGCGAAUCAUGAUGUUUUUGAGUACAUCAUUGCUACCAUGCAUAUGUUCCCUAAUCAAUCCAUCCGGGAUGGCCUAAAGUCUUUGUGGCCCGGUGCAUACGAAUGGAUCCUCCAAGAAUGCCCCUCAUUGACGGAUCCCACCAGAGGCGGAGAUCAGGAUUUGGAUAUGUUCCCAGUACGGUGCAUGAAUUCUGGAAUGUUUAAAGAAAUACUGGAGGCAUGGUUUAGGUGGCCGUGGCGCCCUACGAGAUUUGAGCUAUUAAGCCGGCUCGGGGCGUACAGUGGUGACAGUGGUGAUGGUGGUGAUGGUGGUGAUGGGGAUCUACAUCAAAUUGGCAGUGAUGCUGAGGGUAUCUGA